AUGUCUGCUAUUCGACAAGAACUGUUUCAUUCGGCUGUAAAAUUUCUUAAAGAUUCACAAGUUAAAAGUAAACCUAUUCAGAAACGAAUAGCAUUUUUAGAAUAUAAGGGUUUGACAUCAGAUGAGAUCGAAGAAGCGUUAAGGAUAGCCAAUUAUGAAGAUAUAACUAGUGAU